AUGACCAGUUCAUUCAGCCCAGAGAAGAAAUCAGCAAGUUUGAUUUUAAUCGAAGAAAAACUUCGGGAGGUCGAGGCCACGAUUAUAGCUGAUAGAAAGCGAAGAGAACAGGAAUUGAAGGCGUUCGUCGAUCAAGCUCGACGUAAUGGUGAAGCCAUCAGAAAGAUGAAAUCUCAGCAAAACUCCCCAAAACCAUCUAUUGCAGAUAACUCCCAACCACCGGAACCAAAUCCGUCGACGCUAGUGCCCCGUACCCGUGAUACUAAAGAGCUGCCUGAAACGAUUCUAUUCUUAUUGAGAGAUCUUUGGUCUCAUCUGGGUUAUUCUGGCGACUCGUUUGUGGACAUGCAAAUGGAAAUAAGUCGUGAAUUGGAUCAAGCCGACUUCGCUAGGUUCGAGAGGGAAAUGAUAUGCAAUGAAGUGAUUGGUGCCCGUGCUGAGAUCCACAUGUUAGGAGAGGAACGCACUCAACUGUUGAAGAGACUCGAGCUGAAUCGCGAAAACACCUGCCAAUUAGUCGAGACUCAAGAGCGAACAUACAAGACGUUGAUGGCCGAGCGGGCCACGUCCGCCAGUGUGAUCCGAGGCCUCGAGAAAGAAAUCGUAGAUCUGAAGGGAGAACGAGAGGACGCGCAGGAGCGGAUCGCGUCGUUAUCAAAUGAAUUGGAGCGAGCAGGGAAGAACAGAAUCGCGACCAUGCUGCACGCCAAAGGGGCCGAAGACCGAGCCUCCGCAGCCACCGCUACUGCCUUGGCCGCGCUUGAAAUGGCCAAUCACCAGAGAGAGACCGCCGGGCCAUCUAAGCCCACGACAUCUUGGGCUGCCGUGGAUAGCGAUGCGUUGAAGAAGAAGUUGAAGGAGCGCAUUCUGGAGGUGGAGGAGGAAAAGAUUGCUUCCCAAUUGGCCUCGGUCAAGGAGGAAAGGGAGAAGUUGAGCGGUCAAACGAAGGAGCCUUCGAGUGGAAAGCCCGAAACUAAAUCGCCGCUCUUGUCCGCCAUCUCGCAAUUGGUCCAUGAUGGACUGUUCAACUGA